CCCGCGCGCCUCCCCUCCUCCGCGAAUCCGCGAUCUUCUUCUGCUCCAAGCAAGGUUGCAGCGGCUAACAAAGCACACCCACCCCGGCGGGCCCAAGAGAGCGCGCCGCGCACACCACGCGGAACACGCCCUGCGGCGCCGGAUCGGACUUGGAGGCGGAGGAUAUGGCGGCGGCAGCGGCGGUGAUGGUGAGCUCGGCGGGCUCGCUGCUGGCGAUGCUGCAGGAACCGGCGCCGGAGCUCAAGCUGCACGCGCUCGCCAGCAUCAACUCCCUCGUCCACGCCUUUUGGCCCGAGAUCUCCACCAGCGUCCCCGCCAUUGAGAGUUUGUAUGAAGAUGAGGAAUUUGACCAGAGGCAGCUCGCAGCUUUAGUUGCUUCAAAGGUGUUUUUCUACUUGGGCGAGCUAAAUGAUGCUCUGUCAUAUGCACUUGGUGCUGGACCCCUAUUUGAUGUCUCUGAUGAUUCUGAUUAUGCUCAAACACUUUUAGCAAAAGCUUUAGAUGAAUAUGCCACCAUCCGAUCAAAGACCUCUAAAGCUACAGAUGAAGAAGAAAUGAUGGAUCCAAGAUUGGAGGCCAUUGUGGAAAGAAUGCUGGACAAGUGCAUCCUUGAUGGAAAAAACCAACAGGCCAUGGGUAUGGCUGUUGAAUGCAGGAGACUGGAUAAGCUGGAGGGAGCAAUUUCUCAAUGUGAUAAUCUUCAUGGAGCUCUUACGUAUUGCAUCAAUUUGUCUCACCAAUAUGUUAAUCAUCGUGAAUAUAGAUGCGAGAUUCUACAAUGUCUUGUCAAAAUAUACCAGACAUUGCCAAACCCGGAUCUUUUAAGCAUUUGCCAGUGUCUUAUGUUCUUGGGUGAGCCUGAUACUGUUGCAAGUAUCUUGGACAAGCUGCUUUCUGGAAGCGAGGAUGAUGCUCUCCUUGCAUACCAAAUUUCUUUCGAUCUUGUUGAAAAUGAAAAUCAGGCUUUCCUCCUGAAUGUGCGGAAUCACCUUGAUAUACUGUGUUCCCGUGCUUCUGUCCGUACUGACCCUGACAGUAGGUUGGCUUUACCAAGUGAUGAAACUACUAAUGCCGCUACCGAACCAUCCAGGGAUAUUCAGAUGAAAGACGAUGCUACCAUGCCAAAUGGCAGUGGUCUCACUGUGGAUCCAAAUGAACUAGCACAUGCUGAUAGGCUGACAAAAAUUAUUGGUAUACUAUCGGGGGAGACGUCUAUUCAGUUAACAUUACAGUUUUUGUACAGCCAUAAUAGGUCUGAUCUUUUAAUUUUGAAGAUUAUAAAGCAAGCUGUGGAAACGAGGAACAGUGUUUGUCACAGUGCAACAAUAUACUCCAAUGCAAUCAUGCAUGCAGGAACAACAGUAGAUACCUUCCUCAGAGAAAACUUGGAAUGGUUAAGUAGGGCAACCAACUGGGCAAAGUUCGGCGCCACUGCUGGACUAGGCGUCAUUCAUAGAGGUCAUCUUCAACAAGGCCGAGCUUUGAUGGCCCCUUACUUACCUCAGAAUGGUGCUGUUGGUGGUGGUAGUCCAUACUCGGAAGGAGGUGCCCUCUAUGCUCUUGGUUUGAUUCAUGCCAACCAUGGUGAAGGAAUCAAACAAUUUCUUCGCGAGAGUCUUCGCAACACCAGUUCUGAGGUGGUCCAGCACGGUGCUUGUCUGGGACUUGGGCUUGCAGCUUUGGGCACAGCAGACGAGGAAAUAUGUGAGGACAUAAAGAAUGUUCUAUACACGGAUAGUGCUGUAGCUGGUGAAGCAGCUGGUAUUGGCAUGGGCCUGCUUAUGGUUGGUACAGCCAGUGAGAAGGCCACAGAGAUGCUUGCCUAUGCUCAUGAUACACAACAUGAGAAAAUUAUUAGGGGCUUGUCACUUGGAAUUGCAUUGACGGUGUAUGGCAGGGAAGAGGAAGCUGACACCUUGAUUGAACAAAUGACUAGAGAUCAAGAUCCCAUACUUCGUUAUGGCGGUAUGUACGCAUUAGCUCUAGCUUACAGGGGAACUGCAAAUAACAAAGCUAUCCACCAGCUUCUGCAUUUUGCUGUGUCGGAUGUGAGCGACGAUGUGCGGAGGACUGCAGUAUUGGCUCUUGGCUUUGUUCUGUAUAAUGAACCUGAGCAGACACCCAAAAUCGUCUCCCUGCUAUCGGAAUCAUACAAUCCACAUGUCCGUUAUGGUGCAGCUCUAGCUGUUGGAAUCUCCUGUGCCGGAACAGGAUUAAGUGAAGCCAUCUCCUUACUGGAGCCUCUCACGUCAGAUGCUGUUGACUUUGUACGCCAGGGUGCUCUCAUUGCCAUGGCAGUGGUCAUGAUCCAGACCAAUGAAUCUUAUGACUCGCGUGUUGGAACAUUCAGGCGUCAAUUGGAAAAGAUCAUUCUUGACAAGCACGAGGAUACCAUGAGCAAAAUGGGUGCCAUACUGGCUUCCGGUAUUCUCGAUGCUGGUGGCAGGAAUGUCACCAUCAAGCUUAAGUCGAAGUCAAAGCAUGACAGGCUCACUGCUGUUGUUGGACUCGCCGUUUUCACCCAGUUCUGGUAUUGGUACCCACUCACUUAUUUCAUCAGUCUUGCCUUCACUCCGACGGCUCUCAUUGGCCUCAACUCUGAUCUGAAAGUGCCAAAGUUUGAGUUCCUGUCGAACGCUAAGCCAUCACUGUUCGAUUACCCCAAGGCGACAACUCAGCAGACUACGACUGCAUCAGUCAAGGUGCCGACGGCCAUCUUGUCAACGUAUGCCAAGGCAAAAUCUAGGGCAAAGAAGGAAGCAGAGAGCAAAGCCCAGGAGAAGGCAGUGGCACCUUCAAGUGAAGACACUUCUGCUGCUUCUACUUCCAUGCAGGUCGAUGGUGCUGCGGAAAAGAAGGCCCCUGAACCAGAGCCGACGUUCCAGAUCCUGACGAACCCAGCCCGGGUCGUCCCAGCCCAGGAGAAGUUCAUAAAGUUCCUGCAAGGCAGCAGAUACGAACCGGUGAAGGCUGCCCCCUCUGGAUUCGUCCUCCUACGGGACCUCAAGCCCACCGAGGCCGAGGAGCUAGUCCUCACCGACGCCCCCUCAACCGCAGCGGCGAAUGCCAGCGCCGCGCCUGCACCCAGCGAGCAAGGCUCUGGCUCGGCCGCCAUGGCCGUCGACGAGGAGCCCCAGGCGCCCCAGCCGUUCGAGUACACCUCGUGAUGAUGGUCCCUGAAUCCGUAUGGGUUGUUUGUAACUUUGUAUCGGUGGCGGACCGGAACUCGGUGUUUCACUAAUUCAUUUAUUUAACUUAAUUCUUUUCCUCAGCCAUGUAUCGUGUGGAAAAUAUAUAUUGUUCGCGGAA